GUCAUGAGAAAAAACGAAAAAUAAUUCCACAAAACUUGGCAUGAAUCGCAGACGUGACACGAGCCAUGAAAGUGAAAGAGAAAAUUCUAUGUUUAAUUAAUAUAGGCGGGCGCUGACGUGGCGGGAGGUUUAUCUGGCUCAACGGCUGGAUACUCGAACGUAUCUUUGUAUCGUUUUCGACGCACAACUCCUACACUCUGUUGAGUUGACAAUUCAAGCGCAGCCCCCUUCGCUCAGCCGCCCGCCGCCGUAGCACCGCCGAUCCCAGCCAUAAUAGCUGUCGAGCCGUUCUUGAAAGUCAUCAACACCGAGUAGUUUCAAAGGCUAGAAAUAAUGCAGGAGUUUUGACCUCUGCAUCAAUCACUGCACAUGUUCAGCAACUCCAGCUUCUUAAGAUCGGGAAAGAAGAAGAUUGGCAGUAUGAAUAAAACAAGAACAUUUUUUGGGAUCUCUCUCUCAUUAAUUAUCAUCAACAUGGCUGCGAUAAUGGAGCGUGCUGAUGAGAAUCUCCUUCCAGCUGUUUAUAAAGAAGUCAGUGAAGCUUUUGAUGUCGGGCCAUCAGAUCUUGGAUAUCUCACGUUUAUCCGGAACUUUGUCCAGGGAAUGGCAUCACCUGUGGCAGGUAUAUUGGCUAUCAGUUAUGACCGACCGACAAUUCUUACAAUUGGCAUUCUCUGCUGGGCCUUAUCAACAGCUGCUGUCGGAGUAAGCAAGUAUUUGUUUCAAGUCGCAUUUUGGAGAGCAAUAAAUGGCUUCGGACUAGCAAUUGUGAUACCAGCACUUCAGUCUUUCAUUGCGGAUAGCUAUAUGGAUGGUAUAAGAGGCACUGGAUUUGGCUUUCUGAAUCUCGUUGGCACAGUCGGUGGCAUAGGAGGUGGAGCUAUUGCCACUGUUAUGGCUGGUUACGAUUUAUGGGGCAUACCUGGAUGGCGAUGUGCCUUCAUGAUAAUGGGAGCAUUGAGUUGUUUAAUUGCAUUCCUUGUCUAUCAGCUUGUUGUAGAGCCAAAAAGAAAUAUCAGCAUACAUGAUACAAGCAAGAUGUCUGAUAGGGAAAGUUUGAUGGAAAGUAAAAGUACAAGUUCAACAGCGAUAUGGUUGGAGUCGUGGUCAGCCAUGAAAACCAUAAUGAAAGUUCCAACCUUUCAAUUCAUUGUAUUACAAGGUCUUGUUGGUUCAGUGCCUUGGACAGCAAUCGUUUUCAUCACAUUGUGGUUCGAACUAAUUGGUUUCGACCACAACAGCGCAGCAACCUUGGUCGGUCUGUUUGCUGCUGGAUGCGCACUUGGGUCAUUCUUCGGUGGAGUAAUAGCAGAUAGAAUGUCUCGUGCGUACCCUUACUCUGGUAGGAUUAUGUGCGCACAGUUCAGUUCUUUCAUGGGCAUCCCGUUCUCACUCUUCCUCCUCAGAGUUAUUCCCCAGGAAGUGAGCAGUUACUAUACAUAUGCCACCACACUCUUCCUGAUGGGCCUUACCAUCAGCUGGUGUGCCACAGCUACCAACGGCCCAAUGUUCGCUGAGGUCGUCCCUCCCAAACACCGUACCAUGAUCUAUGCCUUUGACCGUGCCUUUGAAGUGUCAUUCUCGUCGUUUGCUGCUCCUAUUGUCGGGAUCCUCUCAGAGAAGAUAUACGGGUAUGAUUCUAAGUCUGUCGACCCUAUCUUAGGCUCGUCGAGGGAGGCCAUGGCAUUGUCGAGAGGGCUUCUGUCCAUGAUGGUAGUUCCCUUUGGUUUGUGCAGCUUGUUUUACAGUCCUUUGUAUUGGACCUUUAAGCAGGAUCGCGAGAAUGCCAGAUUAGCUAGUGUAAAGGAAAAUGAGAUGCUAUGAGGUUUUCCACUUCUCCUUUUGUAGCCUCUUCUAUUUUGGUAUCCAUAGAGAGUUGUGUUAUACUUCAAUUAGUUUUACUCUUAACACUCAGAUAGUAAUUUGCUAUGGUUUUUACUUGCUA